AAAGAGGAGAGCAGACGGAGCGGGAGCGCCACAGCCCUGCCUCUCCCCUUCUUCUUCUUCUCUUCCUUCUUCUCUUCCUUCUUCUUCCCCGGUUUUCCGCGAUGCAGCGCCGGGAUUGGGACGAGCAGCGCGAGCUGCGGGAGCUCAACAACCACCUGAGCGUGUACCUGGCGCGGGUGCGGGACUUAGAGCAGGAGAACCUCCUCCUGGCCCAGGAGUUGACUUCUCUGCGUGGCUUGGACUCAAAGACAGCGCGUGGGGACUUGAAGGAGCGGGAGAAGGAGCUGUCGGCGCUGCGCCGGGCGGCGUGGGAGCUGAAGCGGGGCAAAGACGCGGCCGAGGCGGAGCGGGACGCUUUGAGGCGGGAGCUGGCGCACCUGCAACGCUUGAGCACGGACUUGCGCGGGCGGGUGGAGGAGGAGAGCGAGGUGGAGGCGCUGCGCCGCGAGUGGGCCGCCCUGCAGUCGGACUGCGCCGCUUUGGAGGCGCUGCUGGAGCGGCUCCAGGUGGAGAAGGCGCGGCUGGAGGAGGAAGCCCGGGCGGUGCGGGUCCAAAAGGCGCGCAGGCCGGCCCCAGCGCCUCUCCGCCUGCCUCGUCCGGUGGGACGGGAGGAGGUCGCGCCUUCCGCGCUGGUGCUGAGCUGGGCCAGCUGGGAGCGCCACGAAGCCGGGCUGUGGGCGCUGCAGCAGCUGCUGGAAGAACAGGAAGCCUUCGGGCCGCUCCGCCUAAAGGAUGAGGCGCAACAGGUGCGCGCCCACAACCAGGAGAGCCAGAGGCAGGUCGAGGCGCUCCACCGCGCGUGGCAGGACCUGGCCGCCCAGGAGGAGGCGCUGCGCAGGGAGCGGCAGGACCAGGAGGAGCGCCACGGCGAGCACAGGGAACGCUGCCAGAUGAUAAUCGAAGCCCUUGAAGAAGAGAAGCAGUUCCUCAUGAUGUCUAUUGCAGAGUACCUAAAGGACUACCAUGAUCUCCUUCAGGUGAAAGCGAGCCUCAGCCUUGAAAUUGCUACCUACAGGGCUUUGCUUGAAGGAGAAAGCAGCCAGUGGAUUCUGAUGUGGGACGAAACACACGGAAGGAAAUUGCCACAAGGUGUCCGGAACAUGCUUUAUGAAUUCAGCGACCGCCGUUCAGCUUACGAGCAGAGGAAAGGGAAGAGGACUUUCCCCGCAAUCCGGGAUGUUGACGCAAGGCAUAAAUCUCCCAUGAGAAGUAUUUGCAGCUCUGCCAUUUAUUCAUCUCAAACAAAAACCAAUCAAGCUUCUGGGAAGACUUUUGCAAGAGAUGCCUUCGGGCCACAGCAUCGCCCUUCAUCCACAAUCAAAAGAGACAGGACUGUGAAGGAGAAGAGAGACACCAUAGCCGUUGCUCCGUCUUUUCUUACUAGCCGAGCAAGUGAAACGCGACGAGGAUUUCCUCCUGAAAGAAAAGGCACUGAAGCUGGAAAGACAGUGACUUUUGCAAAGGAAUCAACAAGUGUCCAGAAAGGUCCAACAUCAUUCCCAAAUAGAUCGGACGACAUGAAAACCAGAGUUAAAGUUUCUACAUUUCCACCUCGCAGCCUAAGCGCCAGUUCAAAAGAAGCUAAAUAUGAGGAAACUAUAGACAGAACACAUACUGCAGUGAACAAUGAGAUCAAAGACCGCAAGCCGACGGAACAGGGAAGGAUAGUUUUGCUCGAAAGUGGUGAGAAAAAUGAAGUAUCCGCCAAAGAAAGAGCAGCUUCUAAUAUCGAGAGGCUGAGAGAGAAACCAGCCAAAAUCGAAAGGAAGGCUAACUUUGAAUGGAAGACGGAAAUCAAGCGGGGUGAGAAGGAGCAGAUAGCGGACGAAUUUGCCAUUAAAUACAACAGAGCAAAUGACAGGUUUGUGGCGGAUCAAACACCCAAGGAUGUCACGUGGCAAGACCAGAUGAAAAAAGACUCGUCCGGAAAAAACGUUCCAGCAGAUACAGAGAUGGAGGAAAGUCAUAUGUUCCAAAGAGGCAGGAAUGUGAGCGUGGUGACGCAAAGCAAAAAAGCCGUUGAGAUCCCCACUCAUUUGGAUGAGCAGACUCAUUUCCAAACAGCAAAGACCAAUAAGGUGGAACAUAGAGCAUCUUCUGAAGACCAUCAGAAGGGAGAAGCCACAGUGAAGGUCACCAGAGAAGGUGAAGACAGUGGCUCCCAAAUGGAUACGUUGCUUACAGAAAGUAUAGCCGAAAGCAUUGUUUCUGACAUCCUGAAAGGUUUUGUGCAAAAGCCUUCCGAAGCAGGACCACCCUCCCCUGCGACCAAAGCCGCCUCCUUUGAGAAGAAAGAAGUCUUUGAGGCUGGAAAAUUAAAGACUGAAAUCAAUGUCCAGGCAGCACUUCCACGUGACCUGGAUGUUUCUGAAGAUUUUGAUUUGGUCAGUUUCUUAAAGCAAGAUGCUAAAAAAGUCCUAGAAGGUAGUAAGGGAGCUUCAUCCAAAGAGGUCGAAGAAGACAUCAUUGACGCCGGGGCGAAGGGAAUGGAAGGCAAACCGAAAAGGGCUGUUCGUAUUGAGAUUGUUGAGGAGCCGCUCGGGUCUUCAGCUGAGGAGCGAGUGGAGUUUUCCACACCAUUCGAAGUGGAAGAAGCUGAGGAUACGUUCCCUGGUAUGGUGGAACACCCAUACUAUGGUUACAAAGAGAGAAAAAGUGCAGAGGCUGACAGGGAUGUGAAGGAGAAGCAACCCGGUAUCUUUGUGUCCCAUGUGGAAGAAGUAGCCGAAGGGGAUGAUAUAGUGGAUGAAGAAAAGUACUUUGUUUCUAUUCCAGAUGACCAUCCCUUGGAUCACGUGGAAGAGGAGCACCCCAUCUAUGGCCAGAUCCAUAUUGAAGAAGAAUCAACAGUAAAGUAUUCGUGGCAAGACGAAUUUCUUCAGGGGUCUCAAACCAAGAAAAGCGAGAGCCCGGGCUCACCAGAAACGGUCUACCAGGUGACCGGGGAAGAUUCAGGCGCCUUUAUUUCAAAGGACGAAGCGCCCAAGGAGCAGGUGGCCCAUGCCGAAUCCUUUGUCAUUGAGAAGGAGAUCAAAAUCCCACAUGAGUUUCAGGAAUCGAUAAAAAGUCUUUUUUCUCAGGAGUCAAAGGACCCCAAGCACCAGUUGAAAGAAGCGCUGGAAAAGCUUGACAACACUCUUCCAGAAAGCAUCAAACAGGAACUCUCUGUAUUGACGAAAGAGAGCCAUGGUGAUUCCAGCAGCCUGGAAGUGGACAUUAAAAAAGUGGAAAACACCAAAAAAGGAGGGUUGGUUACCAUCUUUGCAGAAGUCAGUUUGUCCCAGACACUCGAUCCUGACCAGAUUAGUUCGGAAUUGCUCGGGAAAGGUAUGGCUGAGGAAGUCAGGUUGCCAUCACCAACUGAAGGCGAUUUUGACAUAUACCGGAAACAAGGCUUUGGAAGUAGCAAUGCUGAUAGUAAGAACAUUGAUACACAUGUUUCUUCUACACCUUGGACUCUAGAAGAGGUUUCUAGCUCAGCCAAACUGAGUAGCCGCGAUGGCUUGCAGCAUCUUUCCAAUGAACAAGUUAUCCAUCACGACCCCGUCUACACAAGCGUGGUGACUGAGAGCAGAGAGGAACCACAUCCUUCCCAAAGAUCAUUCGAUAUUAACAGGCGGGUACAGCACGUUGUAGUGAGUCCAACAGAAAUUCACAGGACUGAGCAGGUCUGCUAUGAAAGUCCUGUUUCUGACAGCCUGGAGUUUGAUAGGAGUGACUUUGAGGCAGAAGCAUCACCAAGCGUUGGUCAAUCCGUGAGGGAAUUCAGACAUGGCCCUAAAGAAAUGCAAACCACAGAAAAAAUUAUUUAUAGAGGACCUGUUCAUAAAACGGUGGAAGUGAGUGAUUCCGGAGGUCCUGCUCAGACGCAAAUUUCAACUGAUAUCAGGUCCUCUAAAUCCAUCACCUUGGGUUCAAAGCAGAUGGUUGAAGAGGCUGUCUUUGAGGGCACAGCCUCAGACUUGUCAUCGAAUCAGAGCAGUGAAACCCUUUGGCAAAGGAAAGGGCCAGAAGACUCCAGCAGAACCGUGAGGCACAUUCGGAUAGAGCCAAAAGAAGCACUUGCUGAGCAGGUGAUAUAUGAAGGAGUCCUUCCUGGGUUCACAGAGCUUAGCCCUUUUGGAGCCCACGCUCAGGUUGAAGAGUCAGCGAAGAACAUUAGAAUAGGACAGAGAGAGACCCGCUUAGCAGACCAAACUGGUUAUGAAGACUCUCUCCACAAAACACUUGAACUGGGUCCAGACAGCAAGGAGCCGGUGCAGAAUACAAACACAGUUGUCCGGCACAUCACGUUAAGCCCGAAGGAAUUUGUAACAGAGCAAAUAGUUUUUACGGGGCCCGUUUCCGAGCAGCACUUGAAGCUUAAUGAGCAGGGACAGAUCUUUCCCUCUGAAGGAUCGGUAAAGCACAUUAAAUUAGGGCCAAAAGAAAUUCAUGGCGUCGAGCACAUUGUGUGGCAAGGUUCAGAAUCCUCUGGUUUCAGUUCUUUAGGAGAAGACAUGGAAGAAGGGGGUCCCACGGAAAUGAGCCAAAUGACGCGGCACCUCCAGCAGAGCUCCGAUGAAGCCUCUGCAAGGCCGAUCCAAUUCCACGGCCCUGUUUCUGAAACACUGCGUUUCAGUGCUACUGACCUUUCUCCAACUGACGGGCCCUCAGAAAGCAGCCAGUCUGCUGGGCAUAUAAAGAUCGGACCUAAGGAAACGUCUUUUACUUUUCAGAUGGAUGUCACCAACAUGGCCGGUAGAAGUCCAGCAGCGACCAUUGUUGUGCCAAGCAAGAAAGGAGCAGAGGCCCGUCUGCCAGAAAGCGGGCAAAAGGAGGCUGAAAACGAACGUGGAGCAGAGGGGCUGACGUUUGAUCAGACAGUUCAGCUGCAAAGGAUGAUUGACCAAAGAUCGGUGAUUUCUGAUGAGAAGAAAAUUGCCCUUCUGUACCUAAACGAGAAGGAAAAGGAAGAGGACGACGAUGACGACGGACCUUGGUUCUGAAAAAGAACAUUUUCAACGUUCUCUGUUUAAUAGCUGAAAUGCCACUUACACAUAGUACACAUAGAAAACGGGACACUUCCACCACACGACCAUUAACAAUGAGUGAUGAAUGCAAGCUUUGUCUUCUUCUUAUAAAGCAGUAUUAUUUUAAAGCAAGAUCCUUGAAUGGAGAUGUGUUUAUACACAUCAGACAAGGAUGCUCGGCUAAUGUGGUGGACUACGAUAUUUGGUCCUUUGACUUUUUAGGGCAAAAUGUUUUUUCCCUCUUCUUGGUGUGAGGGAAUAAUGAGGGAGGUCCCAUUCGUUAAGUCUGGAAGUGUCCAUUAUGGUUCAAAAGUAUGCAAAAGUUAUGUAGCAAAAUGAACGAGAGGUGUGGCUGCCAAGCGAGAUCUAACUUCCAGGAGGAAAUGACCAAAAAGGAAUACAGGAAGCAGCCUUUGUCUGAAUCGUAUCCUUGUUCCAUCUCACUCAGUAUCAUCUAUGGGUCUGGUCAUUGUCUCUAGGGUUUUGGACAAAAGUCUUUUGCAAUUCUGCCAGGAAAUUCCAGAGAUUGAGCCUGACUUUCGAGAGGCCGAGCCAUUGAGCUGUGCCUUGUCGCCAGGCCAAAUGAAUGAAGUGAAAAUAAGGUUGAGUUGACU